AUGUCUCCACAUAUUAAGUUGGUGCAGUUUGUCAGAGAUCAGCUGUCAUUCUCUGGUCUCAGACUGAAGUCCAACCCGUCACAUCUCACAGAACUGGAUCUGAGCUGGAACAAGCUACAGGAUUCAGGAGUGAAGCAGCUGUGUGGAUUUCUGGAAAGUCGUCAGUGUCGACUGGGGACUCUGAGAUUGUGGAGAUGCAGUUUGUCAGAGAUUAGCUGUGAUUCUCUGGUCUCAGCUCUGAGGUCCAACCCGUCACAUCUGACACAACUGGACCUGAGCUACAACAACAACCUGCAGGAUUCAGGAGUGAAGCAUCUGUGUGGUUUUCUGUGUCGUCAAGGUCGACUGGAGAUUCUGAGACUAAGUGGCUGUAACCUCUCAGAGAGCAGCUGUAAAGCGCUAUCCUCAGUUCUGAGCUCUCAGUCCUCUAGUCUGAAAGAACUGGACCUAAGUAACAAUGACCUGCAGGAUUCAGGAGUGAAGCUACUGUGUGAUGGACUGAAGAGUCCUUACUGUCGACUGGAGACUCUCAGGCUGUCAGGCUGUCUGGUCUCAGAGGAAGGUUGUGUCUGUCUGGUCUCAGCUCUGAGCUCCAACCCCUCCAAUCUGAGAGAGCUGGACCUGAGCUACAAUCACCCCGGAGACUCAGGAUUGAAGCUGCUGUCUGGACUGAAGGAUCCACCCUGCAGACUGGACAUGCUCAGGGUGGAGUCUGGUGGAGUCCGAUGCUCGAGACAAGGUCUGGGAAAGUAUUUCUGUCAACUCACCAUCACCGACACAAACACAGUGAACAAGAAACUACGACUGUCUGACAACAAGAGGAAGGUGACACGUGUUAAGGAGAAUCAGUCAUAUCCUGAUCAUCCAGACAGAUUUAACUGGAAACCUCAGCUGCUGUGUAGUAAUGGACUGACUGGUCGUUGUUACUGGGAGGUUGAGUGGAGAGGAGGAGUUGAUAUAGCAGUGAGUUACAAAGGAAUCAGAAGGAAACAAGACAGUAAAGACUGUUGGUUUGGACUAAACGAUCAGUCCUGGACUCUGACCUGCUCUGAUGGUGAUGGUUACUCUGUCUGUCACAAUAAUAUAUUAACACCCGUCUCCUCCUCUGAGUCUGACAAAGUAUCAGUAUAUGUGGAUUAUCCUGCUGGUUCUCUGUCAUUCUACAGGGUCUCCUCUGACAAACUGAUCCACCUUCACACCUUCAACACCACAUUCACUGAACCUCUUUAUCCUGGGUUUGGGUUCUUUAAGCCUGGUUCUUUAGUGUCAUUGUGUGAUGUGUUGUAGUUAGAGUUUGGUCCUAUAUUUGGAUUAUUUUGUUGAUUUUGCUGAUUUCUUAAAUUAGAUUAUUUCUUUGUUAGUGGGAAAUCUAUGAUUUCAAUGGUAGGUCUAUUAACAUUAACAGAAAAAUGCAUUUCAGAAAAGUUAUAAAUAAAUUGCAUUUUCAUGCAGAAUUGCAGAUGUAUGAAUGAAUGGGAAUGAAAUAUGUGUUUGAUCGCCUACUGUAUUUUUCAACAAAGUUUCUGGCUUCCAGGUGUAUUUUAUAUAGGGAACAAGCUGACAUUGGGAGCCCUGACAGCUGUUACCUGUAUAAAAUACACAUGUCCUCAGAAGCAAUGAAUCGAUCCAGAUUCCAAACUUAUCAUUCAAACUCUAAGAGUUUGAAUGAUAAUGAGAAUAGUAAUACAGUAAAUCAGCCCAGAACUACUUAGGGAGGAACUUGUUGGUGAUUUCAAGGCAGCUGGGUCCAUAAUCACCAAAAAAAAAGACAAGAAACAUCUGAUCAGACAAAGGUUUUGACACCAAAUACCAAAAAAAGUUUUGCAAAGGGAUGAAAUAAUUUAAUUCAUGCAAAGGUUAAAUGUAUUACUUUUUCGAAAUGCAUUUUUUUGUAUUUUUACAAACUCACUGCCUGAACCCAAACAACAACCAACAACAAAAUAAUAAUAUAAUAUAAUAAUGGCUCUAAAAACAAGACCCUGAAUAAGAAAUAAAAAUCGCUUCUCAAUAUAGGAGAAACCUAAUUACAAUUUAACCUACUAAGAUAAAACAAAAUCAGUGCGUAUGCAGGAAACUAACAAUCACUACAAACCUCAGAACCAAGUAUACCUACAACAAACCGCCUUACUGACCUGAGAUGAACAAGAACUCUAGAGGAUAGGGAAAAUGGGGAAACAAACCAUGGAGAUGGGAUGAACAGGACAUGACGAAACAGAGACACUCCAGCAAAUAACACAUACAACAGAAGGCCAUAUACACUGGGGAUCAAAAUUAGAGAACAGUUUAUAAAUAACUGAACCAUUAUAGAAAAAUAUCAUUGCUGCUUAACAGGUAAAGGAGUUUUAGUCCUGUCCAUACCAUGCUACCAGAACGCCUUUUCCACAAAAUAACUAAAGCAUUUGAACAAAUACAUUAUUUUGCAAAAAAACACACUGAUCAACAUUAACAACAAUGACUGUGUUGUAACCUAACCAGAAACUUUUGUUGUAAGUUUCAAUGCCAGUCAGCAAUUAGUAGGAAGUGUACAGGCCUCUGCUCUGAAUGACUUCAGCACAUCUGCGGCUACAGGACAGCACUAGUCUCUCGCACUGCUCUGUUGUGAUUUUGGUCCACUCUUCCUCCAGUCUGCUCCACUGUGCGGUGACUGUAGUGGGUUUCUUGGCCAUAACUUUGUCACCAAGGACUUUCCAGAGGUUCUCUAUUGGGUUGAGAUCAGGACUCUGGGCAGGCCAUGUCAUUAUUUCAAUGUUUUCUGUUUCAAGGAACUGUUUUACCUGUUUUGCUGUGACUUGGAGCAUUGUCCUGCAUGAACACUGCGGGCUGAUUGGAUGAUGAACGCAGGAAAGGAGCCAUAUGCUGUAGAAGAAGGUUCUGAUAAACAUUUGCAUUCACUCGGCUAUGUAGCUGUCUAAGAGGCCCAACUCCUGCUGCAGAAAACACGCCCCAACUGUGUCACUUCCAUCUCAAUCUUUCACUGACUUCUUUACACACUUUGGGUUCAGUCUUUCUCCAGUUUGUCAUGGAACAAAAUCUUUCCCAUCUGACCCAAAUAAAUUAAACUUGCUUUCAUCACUGAAGUGAACUUCCAGUUCUCUGUCCACAACACAUGCUCCUCAGCAAAGCUUAGUCUAGCCUUUUGAUUCUUUCUGCUAAUGAGAGGUUUGGUCACUGCAGAGUGGGCUUUCACUUUCUCUUAAAUGUCGAGAGACUGGAUGACGAGUCAGAUUCUUACCCUGUUCAGCGCUGAACUGGUGAGCAAUUCCAGCUGCAGUGUGGAAACAAUAGCUAAUUGAAAUUCUCCAAAGUAUCCUGUCCUCUCUUGUAUUUGUCUUCUGUGGAUGACCCAUCGUCUUGGAGGACUUGAAUGAGUCUAUGAAAUUGUAAAGAUUAAAUAUUCUGUAAAUCACAGAUUUGGGACGACUAACUUGUCUUGCUAUGACUGAUCGGGUCAUCCCUUUGGCCUUCAUCUGGAGAACCUGCAAUCUUUCAGUCACUAUAGAAUAAAAAACAGACACAGUAUCCCCCUCUGGUGGGGACAACACUGCUUCCCUGAGUAUGCUGCAGAAAUAUCUUUGAUAUUGUUCUGUUUCUCACUUUUCAAAUAAACCUACCAUUGAAAUUA